AUGUCUACGACUUCUUCUCCAGUGACCUCUCCUUCAGCAGCCGUAUCCUCUUCUCCGAACCCUAAUCACCCCGCGCUGCCACCUCUAAUCACCUCUCCGCCUUCGCGCCGAAGCAUACAAUCGCGACCAAUGUCCCACGUUUCCAGAAGCCGACUCUCUCAAUAUUCGACGGGCUCUCUGCCUACGAGAUCCCGUCCGACCUCACAUAUGUUUCCGAUGUUCCCCUCGACUCUCUCAUAUACCCAAGUGCGGGACUUUGCGUACCCUGCUACUCAUCCUCUGCACUACGGGCCGCCGCCAGAACCUUCGGGGCCGCCUUCCGGUAUGACAACACCCGCAAGCGAGCAUCGUAGGUUAUCAGAUCCCCCAGUAUCGUGGGAAACACGUAUGCCUUGGGAAUCGUGGGGUACAGAUGGAUUCAACCGUGGCCAUGAUUUGGCCCCCAUUCAAUUCGACGGUGGGCCCCCAUAUAGCGAAGACGAGGAUCUACAAAGCCCUGUUGUAGCUACACGCCACCGCAAGCACAAAUCAACCUCGGCAGCGACAACCCUGAGGGGGAGGACAGGUCGCGAUCUUGAUAUGCAUUCUUCGAACUAUGAUCGUGAGCGGGGUUAUUAUAUGGGAACUAGCGGAGACGGUAGCGAGACAUAUUAUGUCAAUAACGGCGGCGAGGCCAACGGCCCCGGUGGAGAUUUUGUUACAUAUCCUCCAGAGCAGGCAAGACACAGUCGGGCAUAUCACAUUGCCCAGCAACCCCGGGCUGCCGAGGGCGGUGAGUACUAUCAGCCCGAGUCUGACAGUUCCCCAUCGUCUCCAGGCUACAAUGACGAGGACCAGUCUCGCUAUUCACGAGAUUACCAGUUUACUAUUACAUCGCCGGACGAGGAGUUCCACGGCAAAGCCGUCGCCCUGUUCGAUUUCGAGCGGGAAAACGAGAACGAAUUGCCUCUAGUUGAGGGCCAGAUUAUCUGGGUGUCGUACCGGCACGGGCAAGGCUGGCUGGUGGCUGAGGACCCGAAGACGCAGGAAAGCGGCCUGGUGCCCGAGGAGUAUGUCCGACUACUUCGCGAUAUCGAGGGAGGAAUGAACAGCUUGACUGGUCACCUUGUGGAGGGAACUGGCUCCCCUGAUGUGGGCACACCUACUCAAGCGGAGCAUAGCGGUCAAUAUGGCCAUACUCCAUCUUCCAGCAAUGCGACUAACGGGUACCAUCAGCCAAUCGUGUCGAUGUUCUCGACCUCGAGCAAAGACCUUGACCCGUAUCCCACUGAGCAACUAGGCCUCCACUCCGGACAACCGCCUCCCCAAGUUAUUCACUAUCACGGGCAACGUGGAGGUAGCCAAGCAAACACACCGACGAUUGCUCAGCCUCAAGAUACUGGUAUUUUGAGGAGGGAGAGCCACGACGGUGGAACAAAGAGGGACUCGAAUGUUACGCCAGUACAGACGAAGCCACCAAUGGAGUUGGUUGAGCCAGGGGGCUGUGAGGAAGCGAGGGGAGAGGAAAGGUGA